UUAGGAGAAGGCCGACUUGCACUUAGCAGUCUGGAGAGUGUAUUCAGUACUUUUACAUUACACCUCUUUGAUUAGUGGAUACAGAGCCACACUCUUUCCUGCUGAUGCAUUGGACCAGGCUGCUGGUGACCUUUCUUCUGGUUAUUUCCUAUGUGGAGAAUCAUUCAGUUUUGUAGUCUAUUAAUGUCUUGCUCAGAAGCGGUAACCAAGCUUUCCUGUUUCACAUCUUGCCCUGAGUACUUGAGGUGACCUCACACUCACAUUCACUCAUUGACUUUCACUCCCUGCCUUCUCAGUAGCCAGCUCCUGUUACCAGCACAGGUACGGAGUUCCAAGCGUCUCCUCCCACUAUACUGCAGACCUCUUCAGUACUGAUAAACACACUUGUAAGUCGUGGCCAUUCAGUACAGCAAACCUUUGGAGGACAUUCAGUUGAACAGAAGUGAGAAGCAAUUGUAACAUCCUACCAAGGUCCUUGAGUGUUCAUCACAUCUGAUUGUGGCAUUUUGGGUUAGCGAGAUCCAGCCACACAAUGACACUCCAGCAGCCCCGGUACAGGAUUGACAGGUCCAUCUACACAUCCGCCAGCUUUGAUGAACAAUAUGAGAAGAAAGAAAGGAGCUACCCCACCUGGGAUAAACUGCGCAAUCAGUUCAGGUGUUCAGGCCCACGAGUUAAGGCUCUCUUGUUCAGACUUUUCCCAAUCAUCACUUGGCUUCCUAAGUACAAAGUAAAAGAGUCUCUGCUUGUCGAUGUGCUCAGCGGUGUGAGUGCCGGGACCAUUCAAGUGCCUCAAGGCAUGGCCUUUGCAUUGCUGGCUAACCUUCCACCGGUCAAUGGGCUCUACUCAUCUUUUUUCCCCCUCAUAACAUACUUCUUCAUGGGAUCAGCCCACCAAAUGGUACCAGGCACCUUUGCUGUGCUCAGCAUUAUUGUGGGCAUCGUCUGCAUGGACCUGGUGCCCCCCAGCCACACUGAAUAUCACAACAUGACCGCUGGAGAGAAAUCUGCAGAGGAGGCUGCCCUUGAUAAUGCCCGUCUGGGGAUUUCCGCAACACUGGCGUGUCUCACAGCUCUUAUUCAGAUCAGCUUGGGACUGAUGCAGUUUGGGUUUGUGGCUAUCUACUUGUCAGAGUCAUUCAUCCGUGGUUUUAUGACAGCAGCUGGCUUGCAAAUUCUCAUCUCUGUGCUGAAGUAUAUUUUCGGGAUCUAUGUUCCUCCAUAUAGUGGACCACUAGCUGCUGUGAAAACCCUGAUAGACCUCUGCAGUAACCUCCACAAAACCAAUGUAGCAUCACUCAUAUUUGCCCUUGUGAGCAGCGUGGUCUUGAUCAUUGUGAAGGAACUCAACUUGAAAUUCAAGCACAAAAUUCCUUUCCCCAUCCCUAUCGAGAUAAUAAUAGUCAUUGUGGCCACGGCUAUCUCUGGACCUCUGAACAUGCCCCAUAAAUACCAUAUGGAUAACGUUGGCCCAAUUCCUUUGGGUUUGCCAGCCCCUGUUCUCCCAGAGGUGAAAUACUGGGGGUAUAUGAUUGGCACGGCCUUCUCACUAGCAAUUGUAGGCUAUGUGAUAAACCUUGCUAUGGGUCGCACCCUGGCAGCCAGACAUGGCUAUGACGUGGAUCCUAACCAGGAGAUGUUGGCUCUGGGCUGCAGCAACUUCUUUGGCUCCUUCUUUAAGAUUCAUGUCAUCUGUUGUGCACUCUCAGUAACUCUAGCAGUGGAUGGUGCCGGUGGAAAGUCUCAGUUUGCCAGUCUCUGUGUCAUGUUGGUAGUUUUGGUGACGAUGCUUGCCCUUGGUGUUUAUCUUGAACCUCUCCCAAAGUCUGUUCUGGGUGCACUAAUCGCUGUCAAUCUGAAGAACACGCUGAAGCAGUUCUCAGACCCGUACUACCUGUGGAAGAAGAACAAGUUGGACUGUUGCGUUUGGGUGGUAAGCUUCCUAUCAGCUUUCUUUCUGAGCCUGCCCUAUGGUGUCGCUGUGGGUGUGAUCUUUUCCAUGAUGGUGGUAGUCUUCCAGACGCAAUUUCGAAAUGGCUCUGCUGUUGGUCAAGUUCUAGGCACAGACCUUUACAAGAAUCCCAAAGUGUACAGCCAGGUUCAAGAAUUGAAUGGAAUCAAAAUUGUCACCUACUGCUCUCCGAUUUACUUUGCAAAUGCAGACAUUUUUCGGCAGAAGGUCAUUAACAAGACUGGACUGGACCCUGGGAAAAUGUUGAUCGAGAACAAGAAGUUCUUCAAAAAAGAGAAGGAAAUGAAGAGCAAUACCAAACGCAGAUCUUUGAAAAACUCAAAGCAACAGGCAGUGUCCAUGCAGGAGCUCAAAACCGACUUUGACCCAACCAUUGACUCUAACAAUAACUUGGAGGCCAGCAGCAGCAACUUUUCUUAUGUCAACUUCAACAGCAACAGUGUUGUGGACCUGGACAGCAUUCCCUCAUUUACAGAGCCAGCAGUAAAGCCCCCUGCCCCUCCAUUUCACACCCUGAUCCUGGACCUAGCUGGAGUCUGCUUUGUUGACCUCAUGGGCAUAAAGACUCUCACUCAGAUGACCUCCUGUUAUCAGAAGGUUGGAAUAAAACUAUACCUGGCGAAUGUUCAAGCUCAAGUGUUUGAAGAGCUAGAUGCUGGGGGUGUCUUCAAGGAUGGUAGCCUUGACAAAAAGCAUCUCUUUCUCUCUGUUCAUGAUGCUGUACUUUGGGCUUUGGAGGAAUCGAGUGACACGUUGGAGCAGAAGACUCUAGACAAGGAGAAUUCCGGAGAGAAUAACCAAGAAAUGGAGGAAUUAAAUGUACAUGAUCUUGAGGAGGAAAUGUUUGGGUCAAUGUUUGAUAAGAGUGAGUACAUUUAAAUGAAGCAGCAAAGAGCAACGUUUAGGUCGUGAGAAAAACUGACCAAUCUGAACUUGGAGGCCACCCUGCAUCUGACACAUAGAAGUGAGGACUGAUGGACAAGCUGAAGCUCUUGAGCAGACAUAUGGCAAAGCUGGAGAAAUCCUCACAAUGGUCUUUCUUGGCUGGAUAUGGCCAGUCUCUUCAUUAUUUGUUUGUUGUUCAUUUGCGUUAAGAGCUGAUUAUGCUUUCAUCCCAGAGUACCUUCUACCCACUCCCCCUAGCCCCCCAUCACUUCCCAGGGGAUUCCUAAAAGUUGGAAAUUACCUACUGCUUCUUCAACCAUUCCAUCUGUCCCUUUAGCCAUCUUCCUUCUAAUAAACGUACUGAACAAAUGUGAGAAGUAUGGAAACUGUUGCAUUGACAAGUCGUUUGUGUGACAUGCCUUUCUGCUCUUAAGUUCCUUUUAAUAUAAUGAGACAGAUUAGCAAGACUGUUCUAUUUGCAGCUGAAACAAGAGGACUUAUUUGAGUUCCAUUCCCAGUAGCAGUGCCACUACUUUUGAUUAGCAUGAAUGUUCCUGUUGGAGUUGUUGUACUGGAAAUGUAUACUUCUGUAUAAUAUAAAGGGAAUUCACAGAAAUAGGUUAUUGCAAUAAAAUGAUCACAAUUUAUAAUAUACACUCAAAAAAAUCUUUAUUGUCCAGUGAUAUUUGUCUCUGUGCUGACAAGAUUUUAGAGACAAAAGUACAGAGAGACAAAAACAUAAUGCAUUUACAUUGGCAUCUUAUAUAAUACGUAUGUGCCAACAUCAUACAUCAUGAUGCCAUCAUUUCACUUGACUACCACUGAGAUGUUGCUGCCAUCAACAAGAUAGGCACACAAAAUGACGUGAUUGACAAAGACCUAAAAAACAAGACGGUAUUGUAGUGAAAUAAUUCCAAAAAACAAUGAAUAACAAAGACAGGACUCCCACAUGAUGGGCUAAAAUAUGUCAUGAAAAGCAUGUAAGGCAGAAACUAUCCUGGCAGUCCAUACACAAAACCAAAUUGGGGCCAACUUAGAGUAACCAAUUAACCAGACACAUGCAAGUAAAAACCACACAGGCACAGGGAGAACAUGCAAACUCCACACAGAUAAUCACUGGGCAGUGUAUGCAAACUGGGGAUGCUGGAUAUGUGACGCAG